AUGAAGGAUUCAAAGGAUGAUGCUUGGGUUGCUAAUAUUGAAGGUGAAUUUUUAGUAACAUGUCAAGAUGAAACUCAAACUUCAAAGGGUGAAAAAGGUUGGGUUUUAGAUUCUGCUGCAUCUAUUCAUGUUUGUAAUGAUAAAGAUUGUUUUGUUGAAUUGAAAGAAAAUAAAAAUUAUGGAAAUAUUGUUGUCGGUAAUAACAAGAAAGUGAAGAUUGAAGGUGUUGAUAGUGUUCAUCUCAAGCUUCACAAUGGUGUUGUCAAGAAGCUUCGUCAUGUGAGGUAUGUCCCAAGUUGUAGUCACAAUUUGGUUUCUUUAAGUGAGUUAGCUUCUCAUGGAUAUACCUACAUUGGUCAAAGAGAUGGAUGCGAAGUGUAUAAAGAUGAUGUUCUUAUUUUGCAAGGCAAAAGGAAUGAAAAGAUGCUACUGUGA